AUGUUCCGUUCACAGCGUGAAGUAAUUUCGAUACAGGUCGGACAGGCCGGGUGCCAGAUUGGGAAUGCUUGCUGGCAGUUGCUCACUACGGAGCACGGAGUGCAGCCGGACGGGAUGAUGGAACCCAACACGAAAGUGGAGGAAAACAUGGCGACGUUCUUUCAAGACACCCAAACCGGACGCGUCGUUCCACGCAGCAUUUUUAUAGAUUUGGAGGAGUCCGUCAUCGAUGAUAUUCGCAAAGGACCCUGCAAACAGUUGUAUCAUCCGCAGUACAUGAUCACGGGAAAGGAGGAUGCGGCCAAUAACUUCGCCCGUGGACACUAUACCGUUGGCAAACAAAUCAUCGAGCAGGUCUCGGGCACAAUGCGCAAGCUAUCGGAACAGUGUGACGGACUGGAAGGAUUCCUUAUAUUCAACUCCUUUGGCGGUGGCACCGGCUCAGGAUUCACCUCGCUACUGCUCGACCAAAUAGCGACGAAUUACGGUAAAAA